CGCCAGAUGUCGCUGUUAUCAUUGUAGGUGGGUGUGACAUCAUCAGAACAGAAUGACGGUGUUCAACCUGUACAUAUUUGACCGUAACGGGACCUGUCUUCACUACAGCGAGUGGAACAGGAAGAAACAACCUGGCAUGUCCAGGGAAGAGGAAUUCAAGUUAAUGUAUGGAAUGCUGUUUUCCAUAAAGUCCUUCAUUAGCAGACUGUCACCCACAGACUAUAAGGAUGGUUUCCUGAAUUACCAGACCAACAAGUACAAGCUCCACUUCUACGAGACCCCCAGCGGACUGAAGUUUGUGAUGAACACAGACCUGGCAGCAGGGAACAUGAGAGAAACACUACAUCAGAUCUACAGCAGUAUCUAUGUGGAGUAUGUGGUGAAGAACCCCCUGUAUGAACUGGGACAACCCAUAGAGAGCGAGUUGUUCAAGGCUAAGCUGGACAACUUUGUCCGAGGACUGCCCAUGUUUGCAACGAAGGCUUCAUGAUGACAGCAGACAUCAACAAUGUGACUGCUUACAAUGUGGAGCAAGUUUGAACUGUAAUUUCCAGCAGAAGAAAUUUUAUUGGACUUACCCAAAUUUUUUACUGUAUAA